AUGAACACCCGCCAAGUUAUUGACGAGUCUAUGGGGCCGUAUUCCCUGUCGGCGGCCUUCAAUAAUGACAGCAGUUGUUUCUCAGUGGGCUUAAACUCCGGCUUUUGUGUGUUCAAUGCCAAUCCUUGUGAGCUCAAGGUUUCUCGAGACUUCAAUGCAGGCAUCGGUCUUGUCGAAAUGCUUGGCCAGUCGAAUUAUCUCGCCAUUGUCGGCGGAGGACGAAACCCCAAAUUUCCUCAGAACAAACUCGUCAUCUGGGAUGACGCAAAGCAAAAACCCGCCAUCACCCUCGAAUUCCGCACCUCCGUCCUCGGCGUCCGCCUCUCCAAGUCCAGAAUCGUGGUCGCACUCUUGAACAGCGUCCAUGUAUUUGCUUUCUCCACACCACCGCAGAAAUUAUCAGUAUUCGAGACUUCGGAUAACCCGCUGGGACUAGCUUGCCUGGGCCAGAAGAUACUGGCCUUCCCUGGCCGGUCUCCGGGACAGGUGCAGGUUAUCGAGCUGGAGACGGGCAACAUCAGCAUCAUACCAGCGCAUAGCUCUCCCCUACGCGCGAUGACAUUGAGUCCUGACGGGGAGGUGCUUGCAACAGCCAGCGAAGCUGGAACCUUGAUUCGUGUGUUCUCUACAGCGAAUUGCACGAAGCUAGCAGAGCUGCGUCGAGGUGUAGACCAUGCGGUGAUAUUUUCUCUUUCAUUCUCUCCCUCCAAUACCCUUCUAGCAGUAACUUCCGACAAAUCAACCCUCCACAUCUUCGAUAUUCCCCACCCUCAUCUCCCCCAUCGGAGCCAGUCGCCUGGUUCAGCAACUGAGGAAGGGACGAAUCAGAAAUGGGGUAUCUUAGGCAGACUACCUCUGCUGCCGCGAGUAUUCUCCGAUGUGUACUCAUUUGCCAGUGCACACUUUGAGAUUGGGGAUGAGGCUACGCCAGGGUCACCGUAUGCGACACCCAUGGGUACAUCGAUGGGCCGGUCUCCUAAAGGCGUCAUUGGGUGGAUGGAUAGCCACACCCUUUUGGUGAUUGGGUCUGGUCAGGAUGGGCGUUGGGAGAAGUUCAUUUUGCGGGAUGGCGAUGACGGAAAGCGGUAUUGCAUGCGCGAUGGUUGGAAACGAUAUCUGGGGGUUGAACAAGUCCAAAAACCCGAAGCUUUCGCAAGUUUGGAUGAAUUUGGCCCGUACGGAGGAAGUUGGGACCAAGGUCGGAAGCCUUGA